AUGGUCAAUUUCAAUCCUCGAACGGAUAUUCCACCACUCACAGACAAAGUCAUACUCGUGACAGGAGGCAACAUAGGUCUCGGAAAGCAAUCAAUUCUCGAAUUCGUUCGCCACCAACCAAAGGAGAUAUGGCUUGCAGCGAGAAAUCUGGAAAAAGCCACGGCCGCAGCUGAGGACAUCAAGCGCCAAGUACCUGGUGCGAACAUCACGUUGCUCGAAAUGGACCUGUCGUCGCUUGAGAGCGUCAAGAACGCGGCGGAUCGGGUUCUCGCCACAACCGAGCGACUGGACAUAUUGAUGCUCAAUGCCGGUAUCAUGGCGGCGCCGCCGGGCACGACGAAGGACGGGUACGAGGUCCAGUGGGCCACUAACCAUCUUGGACACGCACUUCUCGCGAAGUUGUUGGUGCCCCUUCUCGAAAAGACGGCGAAGCGAGCAGGAAACGGAGACGGUGCAGGUGGUGGCGACGUGAGGAUCGUGUGUCUGUCGAGCCGCGGACACGUCUACGGGCCCAAAGGAGGCGUGUCGUUUGAGAGUCUCAAGACGGACGGGGCGACCCUGGGCGCGUACCAACGCUACGGACAGAGCAAAUUGGGGAAUAUCCUCUGGGCGAGGGAGAUGAGUAGGAGGUACCCCUGGAUGAAGGUGGUCAGUGUGCAUCCGGGCGUCGUGGGUACGAACCUGUUGAAUGGCGCGACAGGCAGUCCGGCGUGGAUCAAGGCUGUGUUGGGCGCGAGUAAAGCCGUAGGGUUGACGGCUAGUGUCGAGAAGGGUGUGAGGAACCAGCUUUGGGCCGCGACGGCCGACGAAGACAAGGUCAAGAAUGGAGAGUACUUUGAGCCCGUGGGCGUGAUGGGAAAGGGCAGUAAGGAGAGUAAGGAUGAUGACUUGGCCAGGAAAGUGUGGGAAUGGACUGAGGCAGAGCUGGAUCGGUUUCUUGCAUGA